CCAGACAAGACCACGCACGCAGUCCCAUCAAUGCUGCUGAAUGGAUCAACAGUUGACGUCUGUUAAGUGUGGUGGGGGACCCCCUUCAAGGUUUCAUCACUGACUCUACAGUACAGUACAUAUGUAUGUGCCCAUUGCCUAUUUAGGACUACGGUACAGAUAGAGGGUGAGUGAAGACUGCUGAGAGAUGACGGACCUGGAGGCAUCGACAGUGGGUGAACCCCCUCCCCCAUACAUGAUCUUCCUCCUGGUUUUCUUCUUCUUCAUCACGGGCCUCCUGGGUUUCCUGGUCUGCCACCUUCUGAAGAAGAAGGGCUACCGCUGCAGGACAGGGGAGGAGGAAGAUGAAGAUGAGGAGGAGUGUGAGCAGAAACUGGGACCAGACAAGAAUGCUUGGGGGCAAGCUGCUUCGCCAGACAAUCUUUCAUGUAUUACAGAUGAUGAAGAAGAGGACCAUCAAGACACUGUUGAACAAAUCCUGAAGUGCAUCAUUGAAAAUGAAGCCAACAUGGAAGCCUUCAAGGAGAUGCUAGGAAAACAGGAUAUUUGUGAACAUCAUGAUCCUACGUUACUGCGCAAAGAGAGCCUGGGGGGUAUUCCACCUCAUCACCACACCGUGCACUCUGGAGCCCAGCUUGACCACAAGUCCUGCACGCUCUGUGUGCAAGGGCGCUCCAAGAAGGCCCGACGCCGGAGCCGUGUACCUCGGACCAUUAAGCCGAGAACGCCGGGAGAGAGGAGAGAGUCCACUGUGUUCGCUGUGGGAAGGUUCCGAGUCACCCACAUGGACAAAAAGGAUCAGGGGUCUGGCGACCAGUUAGACCAAUCAGAGGCUCUGGAUAGUGAGAAGGGGGAUGAGGACGACCCCCAGAGGAAGGAGGGGUACAACCUGCGGAGCAUGUUCAAAGACGUCAAAACGGACAGCACCAACGGUGUGGUUCCCAUCGUGGCCAAGCGGAAGAAGAGUCUGGUUCUGUUCCCCCCACGCAGAGGUAGUGAUCCAGUGGGGGCCAAAGUGCCACUGAGCCAGCCCAUGGUAGAAGAGGAACCCCUCUUCACUGCUCCAGUGCAGACCUCCAGCCCUGUGAAGAUCCUGUCGUCCCAGCCCAGCCUGGACUCUGGUGCACCUGACGACACUGAGAUGGCUCCUGUUAAAAUGUACCCUACUAGGGUCACUUUUGUAGUGUCCCCCACAGAGAGUCCCGUACCAGUCUCUCCCAACACGAGUCCAAGAGGCGUCUCCCCUCUAACACCCCCAAUGCAAGAUUCCCCCACCACCACCCCAGUACAAGUCACCCCCAUGACCCCUGAGAUAUUACCCCUUACCCAAGGCUCAUAUAAUAACCCUAGUCUUAGUGCCUUAAAUGUCUCUCUUACCCCUACCCCUGUACAAGCCUCUCCAACCUCUAACCUCUUGAAUGUCUCACCUGACCUGUCCUCCAGAAAUGUGUCCCCCUCCCCUACUCAUUUAAAUGUUUCUCCUACCCCUUUCCCCAUACAAGUCUCCCCUGGCCAGUCGUCCAGAAAAGUGUUUCCUUCCUCUAGCCCGUUAAAUGUCUCUCCUGCCCCUACCCCCUUAAUGAUGUCCCCCACCACUCUACCCCGUAGCAUUCUAAAGAAUACUACUACUUUUGUCAAGGUGGACGAAACCUCACCAACCACGAAAGGGCCAGAGGACAAGUUUGAGAGCCUUGCUACUGUCAGGGCCGACAAUGUUUCUCCCACUGCUGUUCCUGUGAAAGUCUGCCCCACUGUGGACCCCAUGAAAGUCUCCCCCACCACGGCUUCCAUGAAAGUCUCCCCCACCUCAACCUCCGUCAAGAUCUCCCCCACCAGCGGAGGCCCUUUAGAGGACAAGCUGGAGGUGGGGAGUGUUACCAUAGUCAAAGCCAGCCCGGACAGUCAGAUGGAGUUCUAUGUGGUGCGUACGGCUGAGUUAAUGAAGGAGGAGGAAGAGGAGGACCCUGCUGUGGCUCAGAGCACCCCAGAGAAAGGGAAGGAUGAUGAGGUGGAGAUGGAGGACAUAAAGGACUGUCGGGUCAGCCAGGAGGAGGGUGUGUCUCUGGAGGAGAAGAGAUCAGUGCACAGUCAGCACAAGUGGUGAAAGAGAGAGAGAGAGAGAAAGGACACGCUGGGAUGGGGGAGGGGGAAAGACUGGCCACACCCAACUGUGACAAACGGAUAUAUUGCAAUACUACGGAGGUAAACCGAACCAGGCCAUGCCAAAACUGAACUAUACCAGACUGAGACUGGCUGUCUGGAACCAACUAGACCUUGACAUGGCUUUAAAACGGCGGGGGCGUACCAGCAAGGCUGUGAUUUAUUCAUUGAUAUAGACAAGUUGUGGUUAGCUAAGCACUGGCACCUUAUAUCCAGAUGUAUUGAUCUUAAAGGCUUGCAUAAUGUGGCUAACAGCACUGCUACAGUACUACUUCUAUUAUCAACAGACAGUGCAAGCCCAGGCCUCCAUCUACAAGUGCACUUUUUUUGAAAACACUGCUCACAGACUGCAUUUUACAACAAUCAACUUUAACCCCAACAACAAUCAACUACACCACAGUGUAAAUCGACCAACAGCAAAUAACGGGUAAUAUCUGUGUAUUCUAAUUUAUUGUCAGUCCGAUCUCUAACUCUUCUACAUCAGCGGGGGCUGCUGAGGGGAGGAUGGCUCAUAGUAAUGGAUGGAACAGAAUAAAUGGAAUGGUAUCAAACAUGUGGGUUCCAUGUGUUUUAUAACAUUCCAUGUACUCCAUUCCAGCCAUUAUUAUGAGCCGACCUCCCCUC